AUGUUCAAGUUUCUGCGGGGGCAGAAAAAGCAACAAAACACUGAGAAUGCAGGCAUCCCUGAUCCACCCGCGCCAGACACGAUAAAUUAUGAGAACGCAGAGUCUGGUCUUGAGGAGGUGUUAAAACCUUUAUUUCUACGCGAAGAGCCGAUAUCCCCAGAGGAGUUUGCAAGUAAGUGCAAUAUAGUUGAACUGAUUCUUUUGCUUUUUUGCGGGCGCUAAAAAUUGCGCGGAGAGACAUUCUUAUUUAAUUUCAUUUACCAGCUCCUAAAAUGAGCUUUUUCCGACGACUGUCAAAUCUAUCAAAGAGAGAUUCUAGAUCAAACUUCAAAACAAUUAAUUCUACGCCUCCACCGAAAACUACAAGUCCGAUUGAAGAAGAAAAGCGUGAUAUCGGAUCAAAUGAAGAGGAUUCUAUAUAUACAGCGAGAUUAGAUGAUGAAGAAAGCUCUAAUGACGCUGUGCCACGAAUGACUUCUUGCUUUGGAAGUGAGAUCGGGACAGGUAGAUCACUGCAACACUUCGCUAUAUUGUCAGGAUUCUUAAUAUGUAGCUGUUAUGUAUCUUUCAGCGGUGAUCAACUGGUCUCAAGAUCUGAUUAUUAAUUCUCCCUUCUAGCUCCUGCACAUGUCUCAUUACCUAAAAACUGAACUUGAAACUAGAAAAGGAAUCAUUUAAUAUCACUAAGUUUACCAACUUUCUUAAAUUUCAAAGUGCUUGUGGCAGAAGCUGAGCGACUUUGGGCCAGAUUUCAGCAGCUUGGACCCAAUGAUGAACAAACUUUACCAAAUGAGGCAUUUCAACAGCAUCUUUUUACAUCAGAUCCAUUUGCAAGACAGGUGACAAUUUUCAUAACAUACUUUAUGAUUGUUUGAUUAUGACUGAUAGCUACAUUUAACUGUUGAAAACUGUAGCAUCUCUGAACUAAAUGGAACAAUAGAGAUAAACAAAUAAGUUAGACAAAGUGAUCAGCAUGAAACUUCUCCCUAUAAUAUUUAUACAUUCACCAGCAAACAGGUAUAGAGAGUACUCAAACAUAUCAGGUAGAGAUUUUUAUCCUGAUCUAACUUCAAAUUCUCGUAAUUAAUUUACAAGGCAAUGUGUAGCAGCUAGAGGGGAGAAUUAAUAAUGAGAUCUUGGGAGUUAAAGGGUUUAUUGAAGGGUUGCUUUUUGAAGCUAUUAGGUGGUAGAAAAUUCUGAGAUAUUUUCUUGACAAUUUGCAUCAUAGAUUUUGAGAACUUUUCCAAGAGAUGAGAAUGGAAGUGUGAACUUCCAUGUAUUUGUUGGUGUGUUCAAGUGGUGGAAAACUGCUCCAUUGGACAAGAAACUAGCAGGUAUUUAUAAGACUGGACAAGUUAUAAUUGAAGAAUGUUAGCAAAAACAGGCAUUAAUCCUGAUUGUUAAUUCUCUCCUCCAGCUGCUGCACAUAUUCUUGUAAAUUAGUUACAAGAAUUUGUUGUAAGAUCUGGAUAACAACUUAAACUGAUAACUUUGAGGAUUCUCAUUACCUGUUUGAUGCAUUAUGUAUUGAUAUCAAAGGGAGAAGUUACAUUUUAAUCAAUUCUGAGAGUUAAAGGAUCAACAACAAGUUAUCUUUGGUAGUUUUUGUCUUAGUGUAUCCUGAAAUAAAAAUGUCUUGCCUUAGGGGUUGGGUGAAGCUUAAGACAGGCUGUAUUUCAAUAAAUAUUCAGAGAGAGACGUUUUAAAUUUUAUUGUUGUGACAUUAAGAAGUAAGAAGAAAAAGUUGAAUAUUAUACAACAUAUUUUUGGAUAAUUUUAAGGAAAAUUAAUAGUGAAUUUGGCCCUCAACAUUUCCUGUAUUCUAGCAUCCUUUGUAUUUACUAUUUAAUCCUUAUGAAUGCUGAAACUAAGAAUUCACUUGUUUCUGUAUCACUGGUUUAGGGAUUUUUAAAUUGCUGAACAAAUCACAACCUUUGGAUGUCCCUGUGUUACAACAGAUCUUGAUGUCACUUGAUAGCAGCAUUGAUGAAGUAAGUGCAAAUAUGUUUACAAUUCAUGAAUGUUAAUAAUAAAAUUAAACCGGUAGUGCAGGUGUAAUUUUGGCAGACGAGUGCUCAGUAUAAUCUUAGUGAAAAUUACAGCUGGGAAGAGAAAAGAAUUGGAACUAAGGGGGUGAGUGACAGUCAAAAAUGGGAGGGGAAAGGGUGGGGUCUUUUUGUCUUCCUCCACUCCCUCCCCUCACCUUCCACUCUAACUAUAAAUCAAACAUGAUCAGUGGAAUAAAUGAAUACGAUUUUUGUACAUUACUGGCCCUAAUGAGAUACCUGCACUACAGGCUAGAUCAAGUUAUUUUUGCGUUUUUCAUGGGUCAAGAUAAAGGUAAGAUCUAAGGAUAUGGAAAGAAAACAGAAUCAAAUUAAUUAAUAUAUUAUUUGAAAAGAAAGAGGCAGAGGCUAGCAGUUAUUCAAUAACUUCUUCACUCCCAAGAUCCAAACAGUAAUUCUCCUAACUGACUGCCAUAAAUUCCCUUUCAAAUUAGACAAGAGAAUUGAGUGUUCCAUCAUGAUAACCCCCCCAAGCUGAUAGAGUGGCAUGUUUUUAUAAUCUGUGUGUAAGACAAGACAGGUACUCACCUCUAAGAGCGAAACAAUUGUUAUCUAUGAGAUCAAAGAAAGCACUCCAGAGCUUGCCUGAUAGAACACAGAAUUUGUCAUGUCUUACCUGCUUGCGAAUCAGCCAACAAUAAAUAAAAAUUUUACUUUAUUUAUGAGGGGGUCGAAGUCUGUGCAUAAAGUAUCUCGUAUAUCAAAGUAAAUUUAAAUAUGUUGUUUGUUCAGGAAACUGCCAAGUCAAGAGCAGAGCUUCUUGUUAAGACACUAGAUGACAAAGAUCAGGGUAAGAUGCCUGUGAUGUUAAUUUAUGGGGAGAAAGAUGUAGACCUAACCUUUUUUACUCUAACAUCAUGCAUAUUCUCCAUACUGUUCUCUAUACAUUUCCUACGUUGCUGACAAGGAGAAUUUGGUUAAUAAUCAAGAGCCUCUUUAGUUGGUGAUCACUUUCUUUAUUCUCAUGACCUUAAUGUGUGAUUCAGGGGUGAUAUUGUAAGGAGAAAUUAGAUGCUGGUCACUCUUAGGGGUUAAAGGCUUAAUGGACCAUCUAGUAUUUUUAAUUUUGAUCGUGAUUAUUUAAUGUGAAUUUAUUAUUGACCUGCUUUGUUUAGGAUAUAUUGAUGCUGAUCAGUGGGUAAACUGGAUUUUACAAUUCCCAGAAGAUGAGGUGACUAAACUCACAAAAUUCUCCAUCAUUCCUGAGGAAUUAGAUACAGCGGCACCACACAGUAGGUUAGCAUAGACUCUUGAACACUUAAUAUUUUCACAUACCGGUAAUAAUGAACUUGCUUUGUACUUCAAAAAGGGGGCUUCUUUUUUUGUUAAAUGUGUGUUUUUUUUAUAUAAAUUAUGUAUUAGGAGGAUUGGAAGGAGGGGUAUAUAAUUAGUGGCCUGACAUAUUUUAAUAAUAAAUUGGUGCCAAUUGGAACAAUUUUAUAGGCCUGAGACAGAGCAUGUGUCAGCCAUCUCGGAUGAACUAUUGAUAGACAUUGCAGGUAAAAUUGGUGAAAAAGACUGGACUCCACUGGCUCGUGAACUUGGUUUCACCAAGCAGGAAAUACGAGAAGUGAAAAGACAAAAUCCACAUCGUUCAAGAGAACAGAUUUAUCAGGUUUUAAUUCUUUGGAGACAAAAGCUGGGCAGAGAGGCAACUGUUGCUGCUCUGGAACAGUCAUUGAGUAAUUCUGGAAUGCAAACAUGACCUGCCUCUGACAAUCUUGAGUCAGCGUUGUAAUUAGAAGCUGGUUGGCGGCAGAAAUACCCAGCUGUCAGACCAUUUUACACUGGCUCCUUUUAGAGUUGUGAUCAAAGACAGAAAAGAAGUAUUUUUGAACUGAUACUAACACUGAUGUCUGGCUAAAAUUAGGUUACUCAAAUAUGUCCCAGAAUGCUGGAAAUUGCAUCUCAGAGAGUUUCGAAAUUUUAAAUUUUUCUGGGGUGUAUGCAUCCAGACCCCUUUGAAUGGCAUGUUGCAAAGCAACAUGCCAUGCUUGCUAUGCAAACAUAGUUCAAUAAUGCCAACCUGGCCAGUAAAGUGGAAUUGGAUUAUAAAAAUUCAGAGUGUUCAUCCUCCUAAGAAUUUUGUUUUGCUUGCUUGCCAUAGUUUGGAUUAUUUCAAUCAGUCUUCCCUUAAAAAAAAAAAAAAAAAGCUUAAGAAGUGAUCUUCAAGACAUAGAACACAAUAAGAUAUAUUUAUUGAGUAUACCAUGGCUCAGUUAUUUAUGGUGGCAUGUGUGUAAUAUGUAAAAUGACCUUUAUUAAAAGGAAAACUUUUUAGAUAGAAGUAAACUUAAAAAAUACAAGAGACUGUUUCUCAACUGUUAUACAUUAGAAAAUAACUGACAUAUUAUGAACACCCUGUUAAUCAACAGCGUACCACUUAUUGCACUGGUAAACCCAUAAAAAAUUAAAACAUACUGUGUUUAUUUUAGGG